AUGUGCCAUUUUAUUUCAGCGUACUGGAGUUGUAUUCGAGCGUUUAUAGUGAUGAAACGACUCGUCCUGUUCCACAUCAUACAAACCUAUAUUCCUACAGGUAUGCUGGUAUCGAUAUCAUGGAUGACUUUCUGGUUAGAUCCGCGAGCCUCUCCGGCUCGAAUCACUUUAACCAUUACGAGUCUCCUAACUCUCACCACUAUGAGCAAUGGAGCUCGACAAGAUCUGCCACAGGUCGGUUUCACUUUUCCUACAUCUGGUUGA